UCCUCUUAAUGUGGUUGCAAAGUUCCCGUCAAGAUUGUCGAGAACUACAACUCCCUGAGCGUACAGUGCCUGUCAUUACUUAGCUGUUUAUGGCGUCUGUUUGUAUGCGUUAUAGAUCUCCCCGCUGAUAUAUAGUCUCGAUUUCUUCAUGGUUGUUUUAUUUUGAUUGUCUGGCUUCGUCAUGGAGUGCGUCAGCAUGGAGACUGGAAAUCCACUGACACUGCUGCGCUUCGAGGCAGCCGUGAAAGUGAUCAAGAGUUUACCUCCGGAUGGUUCUUUUCAGCCGUCAAACGACAUGAUGCUCAAAUUCUACAGCUAUUACAAGCAGGCCACGCUAGGCCCGUGCACAAUCCCACGGCCUGGCUUCUGGGAUGCUGUGGGGAAAGCAAAAUGGGAUGCUUGGAAUUCACUUGGGGACAUGGCAAAGGAAGAGGCAAUGGCGGCCUAUGUGAAUGAGAUGAAGCUGAUCCUGGAGGGAAUGCCGAUCACGGACGAGGUGGAGGAGCUGCUGAAGGUGAUGGGUCCGUUCUACGAGCUGGUGGACGAGAAGAAGAGGAUAACGCAGAUAUCUGACCUGAGCAGUGCCCGUUUGACACAGUUUGCUAGGCAGCUUGAAGGCUUCGGGACAAUGCUGUCUUCGAGACCGUCAAAGAGUGUCACCAAGAGCAUCAUCAGGAACCUGGAGCUGAACGGCUCUCUGGAGGGCCGGCCCACCGGAACCAGACCCGAGCUCCUGGCCGGGGAACCUGCAGAGGAAGAGGAGGAGGAGGACGAUGAUGAGGAUGAUGAUGAAGAGGACGAAGAAGAUGAGGAGGAGGAGGAGGCAGAAGAGGUGGAGACACACAAGGUCAAAAAAGACCAUAACUCCAAUAAAAAUGCUCCGUCGAGGAGAAGCAAGGGUCACCUGACCAAUGGGAAGAUGGCUAAUGGUGGUCCCCACCUGACCAACAGACCUCAACCCAAGGCUACUCUGAACGGCCAUGACGGGCCCCAGGACGCGGCUCACGUCAAUGGACACACUCACCCAGACCCCAGUGAGGAGCAGUCCGGUCCAAGUCCGGCCAAUGACUCCGACAGCGAGGUCUACUGUGACUCUGUGGACCAGUUUGGUCAGGAAGAGGGCUCCGAGAGGAACCGCAGCCCGCAGGACCUGGACGAAGACGAGGGCCAGGGCUCCCUCUCCCCCACGCCAGAGGGGGAGACCCACACACACCCGCCGGGGGAGCUGCCCGGGCCCGGGGAGGGGGUGCAGCGCGGGGGGGAGGAGGGGGAGGCCGGCGGGGGCAGCUCCCACAGACAGAGUCGCAGCGGGGACACGGCAGGGAGGUCCCAGGCCAGGGGAGGCAGAGGCUCCCGGCCGCCCGGGGGCUCCGCGUCGGAGAGGCUGGGGACGGGCGGCUGGCAGGGGGAGGAGGGGGACGGCGAGCGGUGGGGGGGCGCCGGGACCCCCGCCGGGAGCCUCAACGAGCAGAUCGUGGUGGCCCUGGGACGGCUGCAGGAGGACAUGCAGAGCGUCCUGCAGCGACUGCACACCCUGGAGGCCCUCAGCGCAACGCAGGUUAGAGGAUCACCACGGGUUAGAGGAACAACACUGGCGAGGUCGAUGGCGAUGUCUCCUACGUUCGGGUCACCCAGAGUGAACAGGUCAAGCAAGCAGACCCCGUCCUGGUGGCCUUUCGACGUCUCCCCCGGCACGGUGGCGUUCGCGGUGGUCUGGCCGUUCGUGGUGCAGUGGCUCCUCCGCCUGUACCUCCAGCGGAGGAGAAGGUAACGCAUUAAAAGAAGAAUCGACUGAAGCGGUUUGGACCGGAACCCCCAUGGUGACGGCACGGACCGCCACAUUUGACCCGUGAAUCCUUUGUGCCGUGUUGGUUUGGGUAGCUAACAGCUGUCCCCCCCCCCCCCCCCCCCCCUCUCCCCCACUACCACUACUACAUAGUCAGUAGCUUUUGCACUAGGAGUAUGGCACCAAACGACAAUAGACGAGUAGAAAAAGGGCGAGCAAGAGGAAGAGGGAGUCUCCUGGACUAAAUGUGGAAUUGAAGAUAGAUGAAUGUAUUGAAUGUAUUGAGGGCGACUGAAGGCCUGAAUUGUGUGUUUUCAAGAAGAAGGAUUUGUAUAGAAAGACUAUUUUCUUUGGGAAAGAAGGAAACCCUGAGAGGAGAGGAUUAUGGUUCAAGAAGAAGAAAAUCAACGGUUUAAAUCAUUCAAACUAGUCCAUGCGAUGACUGCUUUAGUAUUUUUUCACGGUGCUUCUAUAUUUUUGUUUGAAUAUGGGCCUCAUCUUUUAAUUAUUCAUAAUUCUGUAUAACGCAUUGUUUGUCAAACCUGUUUGUCAUUAGUUGCCCGGAUAAUGCUGCUACAUGUCUUGAUAAUUGUUUCGAGACAAUGAGGGUCAAAUGUGAAGAUAAUAAAUAGUUAAUCAACUCAAAUACUUAAUAAAAUAAGGCUCAAUAAAAAGGCUCAAUAGUUUGUGUAACUAUUUAGUAUAAUGGCUUAAAGUACAUCUCAAGUUUGUGUAUUACACCUGAUCAUUCAUUGUAAUUAUUAUUAUUUAUUUAUUUUAAUCCAUAUCCAUCCACUGUUUUACUCACUGAUCAUUAUUUUCAUACAUUAUAUUAAUUUAAUUGUUUUCCAAAUGCAAAAAGUGCCUCAACAUCAUAAGGUACUCUUAGCACUGGUGUAGCAAAAAUAAAAUGUAAAACGUUGAAUAAAAGUUGUUGAAGCACACCUGUUUAGUCCCGGACCAAAAUUACAAAUUUGUGAGUUACGCUGGAUUUAAUAAUGUCAUAAUGAAGUUAUUAAUUGGUUUUGAGUGAUUUCACAUGAAUCUUUUGUCUUUAACCAAGUAGCCUUUCUUAUUCUGUAGCUACAUGCUUUAGCACCCAUCAGUGGGGUUCCUGUAGCUACUGUGGUUUGUGAACUAAUUUAAAUGUUUAAUGUGAAGAUAUCAUUGUAUAAAUAGACAAUGUUAAGUUUAUUUCCAAUGGUUAUAAAUAGUUAUAAUAUUGCUUAUACUGCGUGUGUAAAUGUUAGCAAGCAGUGAGAAUGUGUGUAUGCAUUAUAUACAUAACUGUUAUAAUUAAAAUGCAACAUUUUAAAUGCAUUGUGUUAAUAUAGAAUGUAUAUCAGAUGUAGCAAGAGCUUUGAAUAUACAGUAUAUAAUCUUUACAGAGAAUUGUUUUAUCAAAUAAUAAAAGUUUACCUUUUUACUGAAAUCAA